ACCAUAAGAACUGGAGUUAAUCAGAAUAUUGGUCAUUAUCGGACAGAAAGGGGAAAUAUAAAAACAUCACAGAAGCCUGUUUUGGAGACUAUCCUCAAUUAUCUUUGCUUCGUGAUAGGGCGAAGUGUGUCGAACUACUUUUGCCGAUCACCCCGUCUGAGACGGUCAGAAGUUUGGUAGCCAGAGUUGCCACCAUGCGGGUCACCGUUUGGAUUCCCCUUUGUCUCAUCAUUGUGCUCUAUGUGGGUAGUGUCGACGGAGUAAGCAGCAGGCCAUGCAAUAAUGCACCCAGCCACCCCGAAGGUUACCCCAGUGAUUGUGAUCCGGACCUGCUCAGCUACCCAGCCGGUUACGCUUGCACCUUCACCUGCCCGACAGGAUACGUCAGAGUGUCAGGUGGUGGGAGAGCACUCUGCAACAAUGGAAGGUGGACGGGGAAUGACCUAGUGUGUGAAGAAAUAAACGAAUGCGCCUCCUCUCCGUGUGAAAAUGGCGGAACUUGUGCGGACCUAGUAAACGGCUACACCUGUACGUGUGCUCCUGGAUAUGAUGGAGUUAAUUGUGAAACGGAUGUAGACGAAUGUGCCUCUACUCCGUGUCAAAAUGGUGGAAUUUGCGAUGACGAAGUCAACGGCUACACCUGUACUUGUGCUCCUGGCUAUGAUGGGGAUCAUUGUCACACAGACGUAGACGAAUGUGCCUCCAAUCCGUGUCAAAAUGGUGGAACUUGUGAGGACAAUGUCAACGGCUACACCUGUACUUGUGCUCCUGGCUAUGAUGGAGAUGAUUGUGAAACGGAUGUAGACGAAUGUGCCUCUGCUCCGUGUCAAAAUGGCGGAACUUGUGAAGACAUGGUAAACGGUUACACCUGUACUUGUGCUCCUGGCUAUGAAGGAGAUGAUUGUGAAACAGGCAAGUUUGCCAUUAUGUCUAUCUUAUGGCAUGUAGACGAAUGUGCCUCUGUUCUGUGUCAAAAUGGCGGAACUUGUGAAGACAGAGUAAACGGCUACACCUGUAAUUGUGCACCUGGUUAUGAAGGAGAUGAUUGUGAAACGGACGUGGACGAAUGUGCCUCUUCUCCGUGUCAAAAUGGCGGAACUUGUGAGGACGAAGUCAACGGCUACACCUGUACGUGUGCUCCUGGAUAUGAUGGAGAUGACUGUGAAACGGAUGUAGACGAAUGUGCCUCUGCUCCGUGUCAAAAUGGCGGAACUUGCGAAGACAGAGUGAACGGCUACACCUGUACUUGUAUCCCAGGUUAUGAAGGAGAUGAUUGUGAAACGGACGUAAACGAAUGUGCCUCUGCUCCGUGUCAAAAUGGUGGAACUUGUAAGGACGAAGUCAACGGCUACACCUGUACUUGUGCUCCUGGUUAUGAAGGAGAUCAUUGUCAAACAGAUGUGGACGAAUGUUUUUCUGCACCAUGUCAAAAUGGCGGAACUUGCGAAAAUAUUGUUAACGGGUACACCUGCACGUGUGCUCCUGGCUUUGAAGGAGAUAACUGUGAAAUGGAUGUAGACGAAUGUGCCUCUGCUCCGUGUCAAAAUGGUGGAGCUUGCGCAGACGAAGUCAACGGCUACACCUGUACUUGUGUUUCUGGCUAUGGGGGAGACGAUUGUGAAACGGACGUAGACGAAUGUGCCUCUGCUCCAUGUCAAAAUGGUGGAAAUUGCCUGGACCAAGUCAACGGUUACACCUGUACUUGUCCGACUGGCUAUAAUGGAGUUCAUUGUGAAACGGGCAGGGCAGUCUGCAGAGCAUGGGGUGAUCCUCACUACUACCCGUUUGACGGAGGAGCUCACCACUUCCAAGGACCGUGCAGGUACAUCCUAGCUGAGGACUGCGGUAACAGCAGCGACUUUACCGUGACGGCACAGAACGUACCGAUCUGGCCGGGAGCGAGUAUCUCUGUCGUGCGUGAAGUAUACGUGGAGGCACACGGCUUCGUUGUAGGAAUUCAGCAAGGACGGCUUGUCACUGUCGGUGGAGUGCCACACACUCUUCCCCUCAGCCUGGCAGGUGGUACGGUCGAAGUCAGUCUGAGCGGGCGGUUUGUCCGGGUUCUCUUGUCAAACUUCAGCGUAGAAGUCGUCUACGAUGGUUCUCACGAAGUUAAGGUGGUGGUUCCGGCCGACUACUGGGGACGGAUGCGUGGUCUGUGCGGAAACUAUAACGGCGACACGAGCGACGACUACAUGACACCAGACGGGACCAUUGUUGGAGACUGGAACACCUUCGGAGACAGUUGGCUCACCGACCCUGCGACUUGUCCAGGAGGUCAGCAACUACCGCCGCCUCCCCGUUGUAACGACGCCGUCCAAGCAGCUGCCGAGUCGGCUGAUAAUUGCGGGCUCCUUAAAAAUCCUGUUGGCCCGUUUGGUGUCUGUAUUGACAUCGUGGAUCCUGAACCUUUCUUCACCAGCUGCGUGUUUGACAUGUGUUGGAACGGAAACACCAUAGGGCUUUGUCAGAAUCUGGAGGCGUACGUCGAAGCCUGCAGGACAGCCGGUGUACAUGUGGUGCCGUUUUCUUGGCGGACAGAAGCUCGAUGUCCCGUAGUGUGUCCACCGAACAGUCAGUACAGUACAUGCACCAGCUACUGUCCUGCAACCUGCCCGAACCCCAAUGCUGAAGAGCAAUGCCUACUUGGCUGUGGAGAAGGCUGUAAAUGUAACCCUGGUUUCAUCCGUAGUGGACAAGAAUGCGUUCCAGAAGAGCAGUGCGGCUGCACCGACGAUGAAGGGCGUUAUUAUAUGAUUGGUGAGACAUCGGGAGUUGGCUGUGACCGUAUCUGCACCUGUGUCAGCACCGACAAAAUAGAGUGCAGGGAGGUCCAGUGUGACGUCAACGCUUGGUGCGGGGUUUAUGGCGGUAGGGAGGGAUGUCACUGUAACCAUGGAUACAACGGCGACGGAACAAGCUGUGAACCUGCCAGUUGAAAGAGCAUGUAUACCAUGGGAAGUAAGAUGAGACACGUCCUGAUCUGUCUUCUCAUCAUCCUCAAUGAGUCCAACAUGCCAGAAGCGGUCUGCAACACCUGUGUAUGCGAUAGAUUUUGCCUCACCAGCAUUCUUCAGAAAUUCCCAAUAUCCACCCGUGGGCUAAACUUGUCUAAAAGACAGAUAACGAUCAUUCGUCCUGGUUCAUUCGCAAGCCUUAUCCACCUCGACCUGUUAUCUCUUAGCAAUAACAAAAUAACAAACAUUCAGACGGGUACGAUUGCAAAUCUACCCCGGCUAAAAAAUCUGCACCUGGAGAACAACCAGAUAACGAUUAUUCAGUCUGGUGCCUUUCAAAAUCUGUCCCAGCUAUAUCAUGUGGGACUGUACAACAAUCAGAUAACAACGAUUCAGCCUGGUGCAUUUGCAAGUCUACCCAAAUUCAGUUCACUGGACCUUAGCUACAACAAGAUAGCAAAGAUUCAGUCACUGAGUAGUGCAUUUGCAAAUGCA